AAAGGGGUGUUGUGCAGCACUCCAUGGGGAAAACGACAGCAUAAGCAUUGUAUGUUGUCAUCAGUUUUUAAUACAUGUAUGUUGAUGUUUUAAGUUAGGGGGGGUUUCUUCAAGGGGUUCUGAGGAAACACGUUUGGUUCGGCUGUUAUUCGUGUGGACUAGUUUUCUUGGCGGAUGUGUGGAGUGUUUUAUUGAGAGCUGGCGUAGGGGGGCUUCAGCGUAGAAGCAGUCGCAGGAUUUGCGAGCGCGAGCCUCCCGGUCCACAGAUAACUUUCUACCAGUUUGGCUUUUGGGGCGUCUAGGACACAGUUAGAAGAAACCCCCCUCUUUCUUCUCGUUGUCCCCGUCCCCUCUCCUUCUCUGUGGAUUCUCCAGACUCGUAAAAACAAUGGCUCAGAUCCUGCCGAUACGAUUCCAGGAACAUCUGCAGCUGCAGAACCUGGGCGUGAACCCAGCCAACAUUGGCUUCAGCUAUCUGACCAUGGAGUCGGACAAGUUCAUCUGCAUCAGGGAGAAGGUGGGAGACCAGAACCAGGUGGUGAUUGUUGACUUGUCGGACCCCACGAACCCUCUGAGGAGACCUAUUUCUGCAGACAGCGCCAUAAUGAACCCAGCCAGCAAGGUCAUCGCCUUAAAGGACGCUGCAAAGACGCUGCAGAUUUUCAACAUUGAGAUGAAAAGUAAGAUGAAGGCUCACACCAUGACGGAGGAAGUCAUGUUCUGGAAGUGGAUAUCAGUCAACACUGUUGCCCUGGUGACGGAUAAUGCCGUCUACCACUGGAGCAUGGAGGGGGACUCCCAACCGACCAAAGUUUUCGAUCGGCACGCCAGUCUGGCGGGAUGUCAGAUCAUCAACUACAGAACUGACGAGCAACAGAAGUGGCUGCUGCUGAUCGGAAUCUCUGCACAGCAAAACCGCGUGGUUGGAGCGAUGCAGCUUUAUUCCGUCGACAGAAAAGUGUCCCAGCCCAUCGAGGGCCAUGCGGCUGCCUUUGGGGAGUUUAAAGUGGAGGGAAAUGCCAAACCUUCCACCCUGUUCUGCUUUGCUGUGCGCUCACAGGCUGGAGGAAAGUUGCAUAUUAUUGAGGUCGGUCAGCCGGCUGCAGGAAACCAGCCGUUUACUAAGAAAGCAGUGGACGUCUUCUUCCCUCCAGAGGCUCAGACAGACUUUCCUGUGGCCAUGCAGAUUGGAAAUAAACACGGUGUAAUAUAUUUGAUCACAAAGUACGGUUACAUUCAUCUUUACGACCUCGAGUGUGGAGUUUGCAUCUACAUGAACCGAAUCAGCGCAGAGACCAUCUUUGUAACGGCGCCCCAUGAGACCACGUCAGGGAUCAUCGGCGUCAACAAGAAGGGACAAGUUUUAUCUGUGUGUGUCGAAGAGGAGAACAUUGUAAAUUACGUCACAAACGUCCUGCAGAAUCCGGAUCUCGCGCUGAAAAUUGCUGUGAGGUCCAACCUGGUGGGGGCUGAGGAACUUUUUGGGAGGAAGUUCAACACUCUGUUUGCUCAGGGAAGUUACUCAGAGGCUGCAAAGGUUGCUGCAUCAGCACCCAAGGGUAUCCUGCGAACAGCGGAAACCAUUCGUAAGUUCCAGAGCGUCCCAGCCCAGCCGGGUCAGGCCUCCCCUCUCUUGCAGUACUUUGGGAUUCUUUUGGACCAGGGCCAGCUCAACAAGUUUGAGUCUCUGGAGCUGUGCAGGCCUGUUCUGCAACAGGGCCGCAAGCAGCUCCUGGAGAAAUGGCUGAAGGAGGACAAGCUGGAGUGCUCAGAGGAGCUGGGAGACCUGGUGAAAGCUUCAGACCCAACACUGGCUCUUAGUGUGUACCUCAGAGCCAACGUCCCCAACAAAGUCAUUCAAUGCUUUGCAGAGACCGGCCAAUUCCAGAAGAUAGUACUGUACGCCAAAAAGGUGGGCUACACUCCAGACUGGGUCUUUCUGUUGAGGAAUGUGAUGCGGGUCAAUCCAGAUCAGGGACUGCAGUUCGCUCAGAUGCUGGUCCAGGACGAGGAGCCGCUGGCCAACAUCAACCAGAUUGUGGACGUCUUCAUGGAGGGCAGCUUGAUCCAGCAGUGCACCUCCUUCCUUCUGGACGCUUUAAAGAACAACCGCCCCACAGAGGGACACUUGCAAACACGUCUGCUUGAGAUGAACCUGAUACACGCCCCCCAGGUUGCAGAUGCAAUCCUUGGGAACCAGAUGUUCACGCACUACGACCGGGCUCAUGUAGCGCAGCUGUGCGAGAAGGCGGGGCUGCUGCAGAGAGCUCUCGAACACUACACUGACCUGUACGAUAUCAAACGAGCUGUGGUGCACACGCAUCUGCUCAACCCCGAGUGGCUCGUAAACUUUUUUGGCUCCUUGUCCGUUGAAGACUCGCUGGAGUGUUUGAGGGCCAUGCUGUCGGCUAACAUCCGCCAGAACCUGCAGUUGUGUGUCCAGGUGGCGUCAAAGUAUCACGAGCAGCUGGGAACUCAGGCGUUGGUGGAGCUUUUUGAGUCCUUCAAGAGUUAUGAAGGCUUGUUUUACUUCCUGGGGUCCAUCGUGAAUUUCAGCCAGGAGCCCGACGUCCACUUCAAGUACAUUCAGGCCGCCUGUAAGACGGGCCAAAUCAAAGAGGUGGAACGGAUCUGCAGGGAGAGCAACUGCUACGACCCAGACCGGGUUAAAAACUUCCUCAAGGAGGCUAAGCUAACUGACCAGCUUCCUCUGAUCAUUGUGUGCGACCGCUUUGACUUUGUCCACGACCUGGUGCUAUACCUCUACCGCAACAGUUUGCAAAAGUACAUUGAAAUCUACGUGCAGAAAGUGAACCCUAGUCGUUUGCCUGUGGUGAUCGGUGGUUUGUUGGACGUUGACUGCUCGGAGGAUGUCAUCAAGAAUCUAAUCAUGGUCGUUCGGGGGCAGUUUUCCACCGAUGAGCUGGUGGAGGAAGUGGAGAAGAGGAACAGGCUGAAACUAUUGUUGCCGUGGUUGGAGUCUCGUAUCCACGAAGGGUGUGAGGAGCCGGCUACCCAUAAUGCUCUGGCUAAGAUCUACAUCGACAGCAACAACACGCCGGAGCGCUUCCUGAAGGAGAACCCGUUCUAUGACAGCGCCAUCGUGGGACGCUACUGUGAGAAGAGAGACCCUCAUCUGGCCUGUGUGGCUUAUGAGCGAGGACAGUGUGACGUGGAGCUCAUCAAAGUUUGCAAUGAAAACUCAUUAUUUAAGAGUGAAGCUCGUUAUUUGGUACGACGGAAAGAUCCAGAACUUUGGGCCAAAGUCUUAGAUGAGAACAACCCUUUCAGAAGACCACUCAUUGACCAGGUGGUGCAGACAGCUCUGUCAGAAACUCAAGACCCUGAGGAGGUUUCUGUCACUGUCAAAGCCUUCAUGACUGCAGACCUGCCCAACGAGCUGAUUGAGCUCCUGGAGAAGAUCGUGCUCGAUAACUCUGUCUUCAGUGAACACCGAAACCUCCAGAAUCUGCUAAUUUUGACGGCCAUCAAGGCUGACCGCACUCGCGUGAUGGAGUACGUCAACCGGCUCGACAACUAUGACGCUCCUGACAUCGCAAACAUCGCUAUCAGCAACGAGCUCUUCGAAGAGGCCUUUGCUAUUUUCAAGAAGUUUGACGUCAACACCUCAGCCAUACAGGUUCUGAUCGAGCACAUCGGGAACUUGGAUCGGGCCUAUGAGUUUGCAGAGCGCUGCAAUGAGCCUGCAGUGUGGAGCCAGUUAGGACGAGCACAGCUGCAGAGGGACUUAGUCAAGGAGGCCAUUGACUCCUACAUUAAAGCUGUGGACCCUUCAGCGUACAUGGAGGUGGUGAAUACAGCCAGCAAGAACAAUAACUGGGAAGAUCUGGUCAAGUUUCUGCAGAUGGCUCGAAAGAAAGCCAGAGAAUCGUAUGUGGAGACGGAGCUGAUCUUUGCUUUGGCCAAAACGAACCGUCUGGCAGAGCUGGAGGAGUUUGUCAGUGGACCCAACAACGCUCACAUACAGCAGGUCGGCGAUAGAUGUUACGAGGAGGGCAUGUACGAAGCUGCCAAACUGCUGUACAACAACGUGUCCAACUUUGCUCGUCUGGCCUCCACGUUAGUCCACCUGGAAGAAUAUCAGGCAGCUGUGGACAGCGCCAGGAAGGCCAACAGCACACGCACCUGGAAAGAGGUUUGCUUUGCGUGCGUGGAUGGCGAGGAGUUUCGGCUGGCGCAGAUCUGCGGCCUGCACAUAGUGAUCCACGCCGACGAGCUGGAGGACCUGAUCAGCUACUAUCAGGACCGCGGGUACUUCGAGGAGCUGAUCGCGCUGCUGGAGGCGGCGCUGGGCCUGGAGCGCGCCCACAUGGGCAUGUUCACUGAGCUCGCCAUCCUGUACUCCAAGUUCAAACCGCAGAAGAUGAGGGAGCAUCUGGAGCUCUUCUGGUCCAGAGUCAACAUCCCGAAGGUUCUUCGUGCAGCGGAGCAGGCUCAUUUAUGGGCGGAGCUGGUCUUUCUCUAUGACAAAUACGAGGAGUAUGACAACGCCGCUAUCACCAUGAUGAACCAUCCGACUGACGCUUGGAAAGAAAGCCUCUUCAAAGACAUCGUCGCUAAGGUCGCUAAUGUGGAGCUGUACUACAAAUCUCUGUCUUUCUACCUGGAGUUUAAACCCCUCCUACUCAACGACCUGCUGACUAUUUUAUCUCCUCGGUUGGACCACAGCAGAGCCGUCAACUUCUUUAGCAAAAUGAACCAGCUGAAGCUGGUCAAGCCGUACCUAAAGUCUGUGCAGAGUCACAAUAAUAAAUCCGUAAAUGAAGCUCUGAACAACCUGCUGACGGAGGAGGAGGACUUCCAGGCUCUGAGAGCCUCCAUUGACGCGUUCGACAACUUCGACACCAUCGGUCUGGCUCAGAGGUUAGAAAAACACGAGCUGAUCGAGUUCAGGCGCAUUGCUGCUUACCUCUACAAGGGAAACAACCGCUGGAGGCAGAGCGUGGAGCUCUGCAAGAAGGACAAACUCUACAAAGAUGCCAUGCUGUACGCCGCAGAGUCCAAAGAGGCUGAGCUGGCAGAGACUCUGCUGCAGUGGUUCCUGGAGGAGGGCAGGAGGGAGUGCUUCGCCGCCUGCCUGUUCGCCUCCUAUGACCUCCUGCACCCCGACGUGGUGCUGGAGCUCGCCUGGAGGCACAACAUCAUGGACUUUGCUAUGCCCUACUUCAUCCAGGUCAUGAGAGAAUACCUCACAAAGGUUGAUGAGUUUGCAGCGAAGGUGACGGUGGACAAACUGGACGUUGCAGAGAGCGAGAGGAAGACUGAAGAAGAGGUGACGGAACCUCAGCCGAUGGUGUUUGGCCAGCAGCUGAUGCUGACUGCAGCCGCCACUCCUCCAGUGGCUCCUCAGCCAGCGUACCCGGGCUACGGCUACCCCGCCACCGCCGCAGGCUACCCCGCCCAGCCGGUGUACGGCUUCAACAUGUAGAGCCCCACCUGACCCAAAACCAAAAACUGCUGCUCCGGGUCUAAACAUGGAGAAAGUCCAAUAAAAACCUUUAUCUAGUUUUUUUCUGUUUGGGUGAAUCAGACAAUGAAGGACUCGUGACAUCAUCCUCCACCCCUGACCUGAACAGCAUGACGUCCCCUCUCCUUACAGUUCCAUCAUCAGACCACUCUGUCCUGCUGCUGUUCCAUUAAACUGCAUCCAUUGAGCAGCUUCUUUUUUUACAUGUUAUGUUCAGCACUGAUGAAGAAGAGACUUCACAGAGGAGAAGGGAAGAGUUUCCCCCUAAAGCACUGUUUAUGGCCUUACAUACUCGGAUGAGGCAUCGUGUUUGUUCAUGUUCACAUCUGUCACAUGCUCUGACUAGAAAAAUGUGCAAUAGUUUUUCUUGUCCUUUCACAACAGGUACAACGUUGUUUGCUGUAUUGGGGCUAAGGACUCUUCUGAAUGAGCCUGUGUGUGUGUGUGCGUGCGUGCACACACUCUGGAACAGUCAUCAGCCCUGUUUCUGAAAAAAAAGAGUUUAAUGAUGAUUCUGUUCAAAAGACGAGAAAAGAAUGCAGGCGGUAUUAUAUUAUUAAUAAUAAUAAAUUGUUCUAUGCCAUAGUCUGUGCAUGUGCUGCCAAAUGAUAAUGCUGCAAUCAGGAGCACAAUUGUCAUGUUAACCUCAAAUAUAUAAAGUAUUACUGAUGUUGUGUUUAAAAUAAGGAGGGAAAAAAAACGCAUUUUCCUGUGAAAUUCCCUUUUCUUGCUAAGAAAAUGUGGAAGCACCAAGAACUUGUGGAAUAAACACACGUCUUUGUGCCACUGAGACAUCAUUGCUGUACUUAAAGCAGUGUGUAAAGAUACUGACAUAAUCAAAGAAGUCAAAUAUGGAAUCCUUUA